AUGACCUAUGAAAGACAUUUUCACAGAGUAUCUAUUUUAACAAAUGGAAAAGCAUUAGUUACAGGUGGAAAAUAUGGUAAUUAUUUUCUAAAUAGCGCUGAAUUAUAUGAUCCAUCGACAGGAAUGUGGAGCCUCACAGGUAGCAUGAAUGGCUAUCGAUAUUGGCAUACAGCAUUUGUUUUGAAUAAUGGCAAAGUAUUAGUUGCUGGUGGACAUAAUAAUUGGAUAAUGCUGAAUACGGGUGAAUUAUACGAUUCAUCAACAGGAACACGGACAACCACUGGUAGUAUGAACACAGCUCGUGCUGCACACAUGGCAAUCGUAUUGACAAAUGGUAAAGUAUUAGCUACAGGUGGAAAUAAUAGCAAUGUGUUUCUCAAUAGUGCUGAAUUGUAUGAUUCAUUGACGGAAUCAUGGACAACUAUUCGCAAUAUGACUGAAUCACGAUGCUAUCAUACAGCAUCCAUGUUAAUUAAUGAAAGUGUUAGUUACUGGUGGUUAUAA